GAAGCGAUGAGCUGACUGUUGACAUCUCUCUAAUAAAGUAAGAUGGUGUAACAUUAUUAUCUAACGGAAUAAUGGCGAGGCUCUGAUCCUACGGCAGUUUGCUGCGCUCCAAUUGUGUGUCGUCCCCUGUAACGUUGUGGAUAAAAGCCUCGUCAAUGAUUGAUGCGCCCGGGCCCUGUCAGUUUACUUGCAGCCUGGCUGUCUGAGAUGGAUGGUGGAGAGGAGGUGCGAGUGGAAGCUGCCCCAUACUGCUGCUCCAACUGUGAUGGAGGGGAGGUCGCCGGCCGCAGCCUGGCUCGACGCAACAGGAAGACCCGCAGCCUGAGCACCUCCUCAGCCAGCAGCUCCUCUGAGUACAGGAGGCCUCAGUCACUUCAUGGACCAAGCCCUGUGACCACGUUCGGGCCAAAGGCAUGCAUGCUCCAGAAUCCACACGCAGUGAUGCACAUUCAGGACCCUGCCAGCCAGAGACUGACAUGGAACAAGCCACCAAAAAGUGUCCUUGUCAUCAAGAAGAUACGAGAUGCCAGUCUGCUCGAGCCUUUCAAAGAGCUCUGCAUAUUCCUCACCGAGGUGAAAAACAUGAUUGUUUAUGUGGAAAACAAAAUUCUGGAGGACCCAGCCAUUUCAGGCGAUGAAAACUUUGGGGCCAUUACUAAGAAAUUCUGCACUUUCAGAGAAGAUCUUGAUGACAUCUCCAAUCGCGUAGACUUCAUCAUCUGUCUUGGUGGAGAUGGAACUUUGCUGUAUGCGUCUUCCCUCUUCCAGGAGAGCGUUCCACCGGUUAUGGCCUUCCACCUGGGCUCCCUGGGCUUCUUGACGCCUUUCAAAUUUGACACCUACCAGUCUCAGGUCACCCAAAUUAUUGAAGGUAAUGCUGCCAUCAUCCUGCGAAGUCGCUUGAAAGUCCGGGUGCUUAAAGAGAACUCGGAGAAGAAGGCCAGAGUGGACGAAAAGGGCAUCAUCUUGACUAAUGGGGACAUUGAAAGUAGCCGAAAAGCCAUGCAGUAUCAGGUACUGAACGAGGUGGUGGUGGACAGAGGACCCUCAUCCUAUCUCUCCAAUGUCGACCUCUUUCUGGAUGGACACCUCAUUACCACAGUGCAGGGAGAUGGUGUGAUAGUAUCUACACCUACAGGAAGUACAGCGUAUGCAGUGGCAGCAGGAGCGUCCAUGAUCCAUCCCAACGUCCCAGCCAUCAUGAUCACCCCCAUCUGCCCGCACUCGCUCUCCUUCAGACCCAUUGUGGUGCCUGCCGGGGUGGAGCUCAAGAUAAUGCUGUCACGUGACGCCAGAAACACAGCCUGGGUGUCAUUUGAUGGAAGAAAGAGACAAGAGAUCUGCCACGGAGACAGUAUUACCAUCACCACUUCCUGCUUCCCUGUUCCCUCCAUCUGUUUCCGGGACCCGGUCAAUGACUGGUUCGAGAGCCUGGCACAGUGUUUACACUGGAACGUGAGGAAGAAGCAGAACUACCUCAGCUCAGAGGACGAGGAGUUCUGAGGCCCUUUUCCACGAUCUUAAAGGUCUUCUCGAAGGUCUCCAGGACUCCUAAGUCUUUGUUUUAGCUUGACCGUGCUCUGUGCCGUUUUUUGUUUUUUUAUGGAUGGAAGGACUCACCAAACUCCAUUAAAAAAAAAAAAUAAAAAAAAAUAAAAAAGAGAAAAAAAAGUCUGUUAAAAUAAUGUUGCCUUUCAUAUGUAUUAAAAUUAUUCCAUAGAAUACUGUGGUACAUUAACAAGUAAUGGGCCAAACAGCCCCUCUGCUGAUGUUUUAUUCUGGUGGAAUAAAUGUGUGAGAAUAAAAGGCAAACUAUGAAACCCCAAAGUGUUCAAUUACAUAACACUCUACUUUUAUUUAGCUCAACAAGGAUACUACCUACCAGCUAGUUGGCUGGGUUGGCUUGUAAGCUUUGAUUAUUACUCACCAUUAGAAUGAAAAGCCAGCGUGAAACGGCAGCAGCUAGCUGAUUAAUUCAGAGUUAUCUUGGCAGGAAGAGAGUGUAUUUAUCUGUAAUCUUUAGUUGUUUUAGACAACAAGAGCUAGUUAGCUAGCUGUUAGCUAAUAGCAGUUGUUGAGUCUGCUGAGACGCUGGAGACAUGUGAUUGGCUGAUAGGUGAGGAGGCAGAGACUGGUGACAACUACACUUCUGAAAAGUGACAUUUUGAAAUAAAGUGUAAUUAAGAAAAAUGCUAAUAUGACAUAAAAAAGACUUUUGAAAAGGGAAUUUUGAAAUAAGUAUGUCUAUAAUAAAACAAAAAAUGACAAACAAAACUUGGUUACUAUGAAAAUAAAAAAUAAUGAAAUAGCAUUUCAUAUAAUUUAGUUGAGUUUCAAUAUUUUGUAAAAUUAUUUCACAAUUUGUUGGACACUUUGGGGCUCCAAGAAAUCUGAUCGUUGAGCCUAAUCAAACUCACUCAUGCUACUCAGAGAACAGGGAACACACCCAUAGUAACCUAUCUAAGUUUGUAAGUUAGAAGUAUGCAGCAUUAAUGAGGACUCUGUAAAAUUCCCCAGAAUAUAUUAUGUCAUGUUCUAAUGUGUAAGUAUGUUAAAAUGGUGGAUUUUUUAAUGGAGUUUGGCCCCACUAUUGGUCGGGGAUUAUCCCUGUGUUUUCUUUCUGUAUGCUGUGAAAACUGGCCUUUUGAAGUCAAAAUGCAGUUUGUAGAGAAAGUUUUUUGACUAGUAAUCAAAAGGAAAUGCACGGCUUAGGGUGACCUUGUACUAAAACACACAAGGUCAGUUGUGGAUGGCAGUUAUUGCAAUACUCUUGAUGGGUGUUAUCAGGUCUGUUCUAGCACUUUUUAAAUCCUUAAGACAGAUGGCAGGGACACAUAUUCUACUUUAUAAACAACAAACGCUAGUUCUCUCAGUAGAGGUAGGUUGCACAGGUUGCACUUCUCUGGAAAAAAAAAAAUCUGUUAAAUCAAACUUUCCAGAUUUCUGUUAAUCUAAUCAGAAAAAACUGAUGUAAUGCCAUCAAUGAAUGACAAAUGUUGUUUUACACAGGUGCACCCUGGGGAAUGGCAGAUUUACAGUACAUCUACUUGACAAUAGUGGCCCAACUGUACAUACUGUGCCUUAAACACUGGUAUCAAUGUAUAGAAAUAUUAUUUUUCAAGGUUUACAUCACAGAAUUUUUUAAAUCACAAACUUGCACAGAUUUGUAAUUUGUGCAUUUUCAUUACCACAUGUUGACAGUUGUCUUUGCUGCCUGCAGCACAUGACACUUGAUUGAUUGAUUCAUGUAAUUAUGUAGUAUGUUCCAUAGUGUCACUGUUCUGCAGUCAUGUAGUUAAUGCGUUGGAUGACAUAUCAAGAAUGUGAGCAGGUGGAAUUCAUUCCAGGCAAAGAGACAACAGUUCAGAUGUCUUCAGUGUCUUUUUAACGGUUGUUUUUUAAAAUCUCCUCCAAGCCAUAGCUGAACUCUGUGUAGGUUUUGUAGACCAAUAUCUGUGGGCUGUGGGUGAUUUAAUGGUCUGUGUGAGUAUGUUGAAGAAUUUAAUUAUUUCAGAUUUUGGUGCAUCCCUUCUUAUCAGUUUGCUUCAAGUCUGUCACUGCACAGUCUUGGCUGAAUACUUUAAGGUGGCCUACCUUAAUGUCUAGAUGUUAAUAUUUACAUUGUGAAUUGGCUCAACAAAUUGUGUCUUGGUGAAGAACAGUGGUGACACCUGUUGUAACUCAAGUGGUCCAACUGAGCUCUAAAAGGCAAUCAUUCCUUUAACUCUGAGUGUGUAAAUAUUUAUGUGAUGCCUGAAUAGGAUGUAUUUUGUAAAGUAUAUAUGUUUAUUAACCGGUUUACAAUGUAUCAUUGCUGAAAAUAAAUCUAUUUGGUACUUUUUUACAUUAAUAAGUUCUUCAGUUGUUAAUUCUUUUUGUUGAUGAAGAAAAAAGUCUGUUUUAGCAGUUCUGAUUCUCAAAUUUUUUCAACAGUUUUGAUGAGAAGUACUUGUAGUACCGUGGAAGUACAGUUAAGUACUUGCACAUUCAAAUAGAGCCAAAGCUUAUUCAAAAUGCAUUCCCAGAAAACUUGAAUAGUCUAAUUUUCAGGUGAAAUUCUUUCAUCCAUGUGUCGAAACAGAUACUGGCAACCGAUAUAAGUUUGUUUCAGAUGUUGGUCUGAACUGUUUAGUCCCAGUAAACCCCAGUUCUACAAAAAGCCCAGGCUUUGACUUGAACUGUCAACUCUUGUCUUAAAAGUGCUUUUCACUUUUGUAACUGUGAGAGCCUCUAACUCUGACUUUUGUAUCGGUAAGUUUGUUAAUGUUUCUAAUAUGAAUCCUGUUAUUUUGUUUUCCAGAGCACUUUAAUAAACAGAGAGAAAAUUUAA